CUCAGAGACUCAACAUCUAGUUACUGAAAGAACAAAACAGCGUGAGAAUGGUGGAUCUGGUGUAUCACAAACAGCCGGGAGCCCUCUGAGGUGGUUUGCAGUUUAUCAGCCAGGGCUUGCUGCCUGUAAGAGCUCAGUCCGACCUUAUCAAAGUUCGGAAGUGCUUGGUUCUUCUGAUUGAAGCUAAGGCCAAGAUUCUCCUGACGACUAGCAACAUCAGACCCACAGAGAUUCAGCGCCAUGGCCUCCACCUUGGAACUUGCCUGUAUCUACAGUGCACUCAUCCUGCAUGACGACGAGGUCACCGUGACUGAAGACAAAUUCAAUGCCCUGAUCAAGAUGGUUGGUGUAACUAUUGAGCCUUUCUGGCCCAGUCUGUUUGCCAAGGCAUUGGCUAAUAUUGACAUCAAUAGUCUGACCUGCAAUGUUGGUGCUGUUGGUAGUGCCCCAUCUGCUGCAGCAGCUGUUUCGACUGCUGCCCCUGGUGCUGCUGAAGAGAAAAAGGAAGAGAAGAAACAGGAGGAAUCUGAAGAGUCUGAUGAUGACAUGGGCUUUGGUCACGUUGACUAA